UUGACACGUAGAAGUGCAUGAAGAAGCGUGAUUUCGCCGGCCAGGCGUUCGAUUUAGAUGUGUUAUUAAAAUUGAAUGUUUUCAAAUUUGUUAUAUCAAAAAAGAUUUGUAUCACUUGGAGAAUAUAUAAGGAGAAUGGGUCGCAAAAAUCGUAAUGUAAAUAAAUUCGCACAACGGAAACGCGAGAAAAGAGAACAGGAGAAGAAUCCACAGCCGAAGCCUACAGAGGAUACGCGUAAACACUAUGAAGACAUAGUGAGGGAAAAUGCAGUGUUUGAAGAGUAUUAUAAGGCUCAAAAAGUGUGUCCUAAUGUUGAAUGGGACGAAUUCAUGAAAUCCCUCAAAGAGAAUUUGCCAACAGCAUUCAGAAUAACUGGUUCUAAAUGUGAAGCCAAUGCGCUAAUGAAUAUUGUUAAGAGUCAAUAUUUCUCAGAGAUACUCAACAUGAAACUGAAGGUGGAUGGUCAUGAUGAAGAAAUUAAACCUAUAAAUUUGCCCUGGUAUCCUGGUGGUCUGGCAUGGCAAUUGCGUCUCUCCCGCACAGAUAUUCGCCGCAGCGAGCCCCUCUAUAAGCUGCACAAUUUCCUAGUAGCAGAAACCGCAGCGGGGGGUGUGUCGAGACAGGAAGCCGUGUCUAUGAUACCGCCAGUGGCCUUGCAAGUGGAGCCACAUCAUAAGGUGUUAGAUAUGUGUGCAGCGCCAGGCUCGAAAACUGCACAGUUGAUUGAAUUUCUACACGCUGAUGAGGAUAAGAUGCCUUCCGGUUUUGUAAUAGCAAACGACGUGGAUAACAGUAGGUGUUACAUGUUGGUGCAUCAAGCGAAACGACUAAAUUCACCUUCUAUUAUUAUAACAAACCAUGAUUCCGCUGUGAUGCCCACGCUUACUGUAACUGAUCCACAGAAUCCAGAAGGAACAAAGCCGCUGAAAUUCGAUCGAAUACUGUGCGAUGUGCCGUGCUCUGGAGAUGCUACCUUACGGAAAAACCCCGACAUUUGGCUCAAGUGGUCCACAGGCAAUGGGAAUAACUUGCAUGGCAUCCAAUACAGGAUACUGCGCCGCGGCUGUGAGCUCCUCGAGGUAGGAGGUCGGCUAGUGUACUCCACCUGUUCUUUCAACCCCAUAGAGAAUGAGGCCGUGGUCCAUCGCCUGUUGCAAGAGGCUGGAGACAGCGUGAGAUUGGUGGAUGUAGAUGAGAGAUUGCCUGGCUUGAAGUUUAUAAAAGGCAUGACAUACUGGCGGCCGGCGUCCAAAGACAUGGUCUUCUACGAGAAAUACGAAGAUGUACCGGAGAAGUGGCAGACUGUGGUCAGGCCCCAGAUGUUCCCACCGUCACCCGAUACAGCUGACAGCUAUCAUUUGGAUAAGUGUAUAAGAAUACUACCUCACCAUCAAGACACGGGUGGUUUCUUCGUAGCAGUGUUCGAGAAAACCCACUCGUUACCGUGGGAGAAGGAACAGAAAGAGCCCGAAUCAAAGGAACAAGAGGAGAAGAAAGAAGUGGAGAAGAAAGAGCCGCCGAAGAAAAAGAGAAGACUGGGGGGUUACAAAGAGGAUCCUUUUGUGUUUUUCUCUGGGGAAAAUGAAGAUGUGUUCCCGUCUAUCAAGGAGUAUUAUGACCUGAGCGAUUUCGACGCGACCUGCUUACUGACUAGAUGUCACGUGGGUAAAAAGAAGAAUAUAUAUCUGGUGUCACCGAUCGUGAAAGAUAUAGUGCAAAGGAACGAAGCAAAUAUUAAGAUAAUAAACACAGGCGUGAAAACCUUCGUCCGAUGCGACAAUAAGAAUAUGACAUGUGCUUUUAGGUUAUCCCAAGAGGGGUUACAAAGUAUAGUCCGCUACAUUGGACCCAAACGGCGGGUGUGGAUCCUGAAGGAGGACCUCAUAGUCGUGCUGCAAAACGAUGACGUCAGCAACCCCCCACAUUUGAACAUGUUCUCGGAACAUACGCAGAAACUGGUUAAGGAUUUACCGUCGGGCAGCUGCGUGCUAGAGUACAAUGAUGAUGGCAUGGAUCUGAAACUGGUUGGUUGGCGCGGCGUUCACUCGCUGCGGGCGUACACCGCCUCGUCGGACACCGUUCACUAUCUGCGACUGCUCGGAGCGGAUUAUAGCAAAUACGAUUUAAACAAAUUCAAAAAAGCCGCAGACGUUCCAGAAAGUUCUGAAGCAACUGAAAACGCGACGGAAGAUAUUGCAAUGGCGGAACAUGAGGGUUCAAGCGAAAUUGAACCUAAUGGAGUUACUGAGAGUAAAGGAGAUGACGUAGCGAAGGAAGAUAGCAAAUAAGAACCAUUUUUGUAUGACAUUUAUUAUUUAUAUUUGUUGUAUUAUUUU